CUGCAUUGCCUGAAUCGCCAAACACUCUGUAAAUAUCUCCGUGUAAAUAUCUCUAAGACUGGAUAUUUCGUGACAUAUUUAAAGUUUUAUCAGGAAUGACUCAUCCAGUGAGGUGCGCUGUUGCUUCUCUGUAGAGAAAAAAUAUCCUCCUUAAGGUGACGGUACCUGAAGAAAGAUGCCAGGUCCGCAGGGGGAAUAUGCUGCGGUGGCGAGCCCCGUGAAGAAGAGCAAACUGUCUCUGAAGUUCCUUCAGAAGAAAGAAGCUAAACGGGCUCUGGAUUUCUCUGAACCUCAAGCAGAUGAGCCCAAAACCGUUGAACAUGUGGAGCCUGAAGCGAGCAGCUGUGAUCAGGUGGUGCCCGGUCCUUCUACAUGUCCUGCCUCACCUGGCCUUCUCCUGUCGUCUGAUAAGAGGGAGACCUUGGUGCCAUUUGUGGGGCUCAACAACCUGGGCAACACCUGCUAUUUGAACAGCAUCCUACAGGUGGGGCAUCCCCAGAGACAGAAUGGAUGUAUAUCGUAUGUAAUACAGUUAGAAAGGAUCAUGCAGCUGAACCCCAUGUACGAAGGCUAUCUUCAGCACGACGCCCAGGAGGUCCUGCAGUGCAUCCUGGGAUAUAUCCAAGAGGCUUGUGACACCAUCAGAAAGAGUUUAAAGACAGAGGAUUCAGAGGAAUCUGAGGUGAAACCUGAGCACGCUGUUGAUUCAGCGGCCAGCAGCACCGUGACCGAAGAAGAGGACGGCCAGGUCAGCGGAAAGAGGAAGAGCGACACCGAGGUGGGAAAUGCCAAAAAGAAGCCGAAAUCCCUCAAGGCCAAGAAAUCUGAUGCAGGGGAUAAUAAACCCCUCACUCGUUCCAAGAGGAAGUCCUUGAAUGAAAUCACGGUGGACAACAAAGAUGGAGAGGAGGAGGAGGAGGAAGGGACGAAGAUACUGAACAAGGAGGAGGGGAGUGACGGGGAGGGGAGAGGCGACAAGGCCUCAAAAGAGGCAGAGGGGAAAAGAAAGAAGAAGUCUAAGCUGAGCUGGCUGAGGCCUUCUGGGAAACAACCCAGUAUUUUCUCCAAGUUCCUCAGCGUGGGGAAGAUCAGCUCUGUGAAGAACCAAAGCAAAGCAGAGCCGGAGAACACUGUCUCCACCGAGAGGAGCAGCGAGGAGAGAGCAGGACACACGGCUGAGGACAAGAAGACGGCUGAACCUCAAGAGGGGCUGGACCUGAUGGAGCAGCUGUUCCAGGGCUGCCUGGUGCUGAGGACGCGCUGCCUGGAGUGUGAGAGCUUCACUGAGAGGAGAGAAGACUUCCAGGACAUCAGCGUCCCCGUGCUGGACGAGGAGCCCAGCAGCCCCGACGACCUCUCUGAGGUCUCUCCUGAUCCCAAACCGGAGCUGAAGACUCUGAAGUGGGCCAUUGGUCAGUUUGCUUCGGUGGAGCGAAUCGUCGGGGAGGACAAAUACUUCUGUGAGACGUGUCACCACUACACCGAGGCCGAGAGGAGCCUGCUGUUCGACAAAACUCCUGAAGUGAUCACCAUCCACCUGAAGCGCUUCUCUGCCAACGGCUGCGAUUUGGACCCGUAUGCUGGGCUGUCCAAAGUGAACACCCCCCUGCAGACCCCCCUCACCCUGUCUCUGGAGGAGUGGUGCACCCGGCCCUCGUCCACUAAGGGUCUGCGCUAUCAGCUGUUCGCUGUGGUCAUGCACAGCGGCAUCACCAUCAGCAGCGGCCAUUACACCGCCUACUGCCGCAUGUCUGAGCUGAAGGACGUGAAGCUGUGGGAGCAGAGAGAAAGGGAGGAGGAGGAGACGACGAGGGUGAAGGAGGAAGGGCCGGAAUUUGACGAUGGAGAGGUGUCUUUCAGCCUGAAUGCCAGGGGACAGAGAGGGGCUAGUUUGGCUAAAACAGUAGGGAAGAAGCUGUUGGAGGGGGGGGUCGGGCUCCUGGGGGGCCAGAGGAGUCUGACCAGUUGUGACAUUGGGAGCAGCGGCAAACAGUCGGAGAAAUCCUCCAGCAGUGGAGCCACAGAGGGGUCCAAGCGCAGGAAACCUGUCACGGGACAGAACUCUGAAGCAGGAGAGGAGACCUCCUGUGGGGGGGCGGGGGCCACAGAGGCUCUGCACAACCUCCUGGACUACGAGGGCAAAUGGCUGCUGUUCGAUGACUCUGAGGUGCGCUUGUUUGAGGAACAGGACUUCCUGCAGGCCUGCUCUCCAGAAACGUCCUCCUCCUCGACCCCCUACCUGCUGUUCUACAGGAGGAUGCCUGAGCCCUAACGGGAACACGCGGUUUACUCCGGGGGCUUUUUGGCAGCCGUGCACCCAGGCAAAGUACAGACAGUGCCAAUCAUACUGUGGCUGCCAUGGUAACACCUGAACUGAAGACUCUUCCACAGAGCGAACAGUCAGGACCCCCCUCACUGCAGAGGGGACAGUCAGGACCCUCCUCACUGCAGGGAGGGGACAUUCAGGAACUUCUAUGUUCCGUGAUGACUUUUUGAGCCUCUUUUUUUUGGGAUGUGACCUGUCUUUUUUCCUUUACCGUCAUGUCUCUAACGUCCUGUUGUGUUUUCUCAGUGAUUGAGUUUGGUUCCUUUUUACACAUUUUAAAAAGCACUUUAGAACUCAACUCCAAUGGAAUGCGUUGAGAUGUCUUUUUCUAACACGAUACUGUUCUGAAAUCCAUGAAUUAGAAGUCAGUGCUGUUUGUUUGGAAUCAGUUACUCAACUAGAGAACAUAGAUAUUGUUAUUAUUGACAGAGAAUGAUUCAUGAAGUUAGAGAUAACAAUAUGGAGCAUUUCUUUCCUGAAAUAUUUUUCAAGUAAAAUCUUUGCCCACCAACUUUGAAUCUGUUUUGCACUCAUUCCUUAAGAUGUAUUUGUAACAUAUCUACAGACUGCUUAUAAAACCUAUAGUGUUUAAGUUGUGGCAUUUAGAAUUAUAGCAUUUGACAUCAAACGGAGAUGUUGAGUCAAGCUAUACGCAGGCCGCCGCGUGUCUCACGAAGAAGAUGCAUACAAGUUCAACAUAUUUCUAUAAAUAAGCUAUCCAGUUUUUUUUAAAGAUACAUUUAAGACAUUAUAAAAAACUGCCUCUUUUAUAUCUAAUUUAGUGUGUAACCUUUACAGCUUGAAUGUGCUAACUAAGACCUGAAAUCUGGAUCUCGCUUUAAACGGGUAUGUUUCCUGAUAUAGAGUUCAGUGGAGUUCCUCUCAGUGAGAGCGUUUGUUUAAGCCAAAGCAUUUGAACCGCUAGCUAUCAGACAACAAUGGAGUUCAGGGUCAGAUUUAUAAGACUGAAAGCGAACAUCUAAGUUAUGGAUUUGAUAGCUUUGGUAAAUUCACAUUUGCUCCUCAAACUUGUAAAUCUGUUCCUGUGAACACUCAAAACACUCAACAGGAAGUUCAUUAUUUGUGCUCCAGUGCUUUUAACAAGCAUCACUUAGUGUAAUAUUAUUAGUCAGGUAACAUUAUACCGGCAAGCUGACAUUUCUCAUCUCAGGUUGUACAUCAGAGGCCGUUUCUCAAUGUCGAGUAAAGCUGCUUCAGAGCCACUAUUUCAAGUAUACCACGUCAUCGAGUGGCGC